AUCAGAUACAGUACAAAAUGGCGUUUUCAGUAGUACAAACGAGAAAAACUUUGUUGUCGAAACCUGCUUUAACUAUUGUUCCCUCGCUUUGGGUGUCGGAAGAUACCGUGAAAUGGCCACCGAACAACCUUAUUACUCUAUCCAGGAAUGAGCAGGCUUAUCCCGGUAAGGAAUGGAAAACACAAAAAUGCAAAAUUUUGGGACAUCGCUCUUCGUAUAAACAAGCCGAGCAACUAAUUGAGUAUUUGGAAGAGAUAACGGAUUCCGACGACGCCGCACAACAGAGCCGAGGAACGCGAUGCCGACCGCCGACAAAGCUGGAAAAAAUACGAAUGAAUUUGUACAGCUUGAAGCCAAAAAACAAGGCAGCGAAUAAUUUGUGCAUCACUGAUGUACAGCUCGAAUUAAAUGAAAUAAAUCCAACACCAAAUAUUGUUAUACCAGAAGGUGCAAUGGGUAAAGCGGAUAGGAAUUUUCAUACAUCAAACGAUCAGGCGGACUUGAUUGCAAUAGAAAAUUCCAGUCAAGCAGAAUUUUAUGUGCAGGAUGAAACAGAAUUUAUUUGUAUCAAUGAACCGCCUUACCUGACGGAAUUAGUAUCACGCAAAACUUUUCCUUAUUACCUUAGAAGCAAUAGCGCAAAAUUGCCUUUAAGGCAACAAACCUAUUACUAAAAAGGCAAUAAAAUUCUUCCCCAGUCAAGUAACAACACAUACUGUCAUAUAUUUAGCACGUGUUACGGAAGUACGACUAUCUAAUAAUGGUCGUUUCAACCACAUGCAACCACAUGCAAAAACUGCUCCCUUUUCAUCUUAAGUAAAAAAAAAAAUCACACACCGUCGCAUAUGUUGCACAUGUUACAAGUUUCUUCAAUCUCCAAUUCAUCCGGUGAGCGUGUAUUAGUUCGCUCGUUGUAUGCAUACGGAGUAGAGGAAGAAUAUGACAAGAGCUGCCAAGCAGCAUUUUCCCCGUCAUAGAGUAUGCAAACGUUGAUGAUUUCAAAGACUUGAAAUGCGUCUUUAAAUGACAUCACGAUCUGUAAACUGCGUUAGAGAAAAACAAAAACAUUCGCUUUCUUGCAAGCUAUCCAAAACACAUACUCAUUGGUUUAUGGAAACUCAUUUGCACCUGUUUGAAAAUACAAAACUCGUGCCCAUCCAGAACAAUAUUCGCAACUUCGGCAACUCUGUUCAGACAGUAUAACAUAUUUUCAUUUCAUGUAAACACUGGGGGACGAAACGAAAGUGUUUCUAAUUAGACAUUUGAGGUUGAC